AUGUUCUGGACGCCUUGCACCGGUUGCCCUUGCCCAAACCACGCAUCACCCACCGUCGCCCUCUUUCACGACGAACCCCUCCCGCCUCCCGCUUUCAACCGCCUCCUCAACUCCAAUGUCCCGCCUCUCCCGCCACAGUCCGACGCCAUCCGCGCCCUCAUCCAGGACCAAACCCACCGCGUCUCUGCCCUCCAAACACAAGUCGCCCAUCUCCACUCUUACCGCCACGACCUGCUCGCCCACCUAUCCAUCAUCGACGACAACAUAUCUGCCCUAGAGCGCGAACGCGAACGGCUCUCCCAAGCUAUUCAAGAAGAGAAGCGCCUCCUCAGCCCCGUCCGACGGCUUCCAUCCGAAGUUCUCUCUCUCAUCUUUCUUGAAACAAUCGUGUUUCCCAUCAAGCGCACCCCGUCGACCAGCGAGAGCGAAUGGUGGGAUAUUCAGCUCACCGAGAACCCUCUAUGGUCCAUCGAGCAGGUCUGCAGGCAGUGGCGAACAGUGUCCGUGUCCUUCCCCGAGCUAUGGUCGUACAUCAACAUCACCAUCACAGAUGACAACUUUAAAGAAGACCGCUAUGCGUAUGUGCGCUGUCUGACCCACCAGUUCACCCGUUCCAAGCUCUUUCCAUUGUCGCUUUCCAUUACCGACAUAUCAAACCAGUCCAGUUUCGAUAAACUCCCCCCGCCCCUCGUCACUCUUCUCUUGUCCGUGGCAAGCAGGAUACGCGAGCUCCAUCUUUUGCUUUCUGCUGCCAUAUUCUCCACCGUCCCGGCCGUACGCCUCGCUCUGCCGUCGCUCACGAAGCUCUGUCUCCUCUCUACAGACGCAGAGGAGAUUAGCAGGUAUAAUAACCUCAACUUGUUUCACUCUGCCCCCAACUUGCACAUCGUCGAGGCCAUGAAUAUCCGUGAUCCUGUAUCCUCAUUCGCCCUCCCCUGGCACCAGAUCACUAGUUAUAAAUGCGACCACCUCCUCGACGACUGGGCUGAUCCUGGGCCCGACACAUGCAUUCACCUGCUUUCCAUCAUGUCCCAGCCUCAACUGCUGGAAUGCGACCUACGCUGCGAGGUCAACUGUGCAGACGGCGUGUUCACCGGCAAGUCAUUUCCUGUCGUGUGCACCCGCCUACGUUCCCUCACCCUCUCAUCCUGGCCUUACUCUACUGCGGGAGUGAGAGCAAUCCAUCAAAUACUCGACCGCCUCACCUUGCCUGCCCUGGAGAGCCUCACGGUAGUGUGCCAGGUCGGACAUCCUGAGCUCGAAGGGGAGCAGACCUUUGCUGCCCUCCGCAGGGCUGUCGAACGGUCCUAUGCUCCGCUCGAGGCCCUGUAUUUCGAGCACGGUAACGUCCUAGAGGAGGACCUGGUCUCUGUGCUCCGUGCAGCGCCGAUGUUGAGGGUUCUGAAACUCGUGCAUGUAAAUUUGAGUGCUUUUACGCUGGAAGCGGUCGUCGUGCCGCAUUUGAAAGUACUACAUAUGAGUGGUUGUCUGGAUUUUAAUAGACCGGCAUGGGUGGAUAUCGUCCAGGCCAGGGCUGACAGAUUGGAGGAGGUGAGCCUUUCUAGGUUUGAGAAAAGAGGAGAAGAGUCGGAGCGAGUGAUUGUGUUGGAGGCAAGCCGAAGAAAGGAUGGCUUGGGUUUGGUCAUUAGACACUAA